AUGGUGUUAUCAAACCUUCCGGAAGAGAUUCAGGUAGAUAUCUUUAUCAAGUUACCAGUUAAAUCCAUUUUAGCUUGUAGGUGUGUAUGUAGGGUCUGGCAUUCCCUAAUUGGUAAACAUAACUUCGUUAAGACUCACCUUGAUCAUGCUAUCCGAAACCCUAAACUCAUGCUUCAAUCUGUCGGCUUCAAAAAGUUUACAGGUAGUAUGUUUCGUUCAAUAGAUUAUGUUAUAGAAGAUAUGUCGUCGACAUCACCUACUGAAUGUGCAUCUGAUGGAGCUAUUCCAGUCGGUUAUCUUAUCCGAGAUAUGUUGAAUGACUCGUUAGAUAUUCGGAUACUGGGAUCUUGUAAUGGUUUGAUUUGCAUGGCUUUAAACUUGUACAAGGAUAUUUGUAUUUGGAACCCAUCAACCGGUGAAUAUAAGAAAAUGCAAACUCCGUUUUGCGAUCCAUUGAUAUCACCGCUCUCUUUAAUGCAAGAUGAGUUUGGGUUUUGUUACGACUGCAUUGGCGAUGAUUACAAGUUGGUAAGGAUCUCUUACAAAGGAAGUUCCGAUCAAGUUAAUGUCUAUAGUCUAGGCUCUAAGUCAUGGAAAAGAAUCCAAAACCCAAACCAUUUCAUGAUUUUUACUAGUAAAAUUAACACUGUUCAUUUCUUGAAUGGAGCUCUACAUUGGAUAGGAUUUAACAACAUCAGCACAAUGUGUUCCAGAGUUGUAAUCUCUUUCGAUGCCAGUACCCAGAGAUUUGUGGAUAUCUUAUUCCCAAAAGAAGCACAACUAAGCUAUAUACGUGAUUGUCUUGGGGUAUUGGAAGACCGCCUUUCUUUAGGUAUUUAUCAUAAUCAGUGCAUUGAUGUUUGGUUGAUGCAAGAUUAUGGAGUGACAGAAUCUUGGAGUAAACGAUUCAGUUUCAGUACCACAAAUAUAGUGAUGAGUCACUUGAAGUUUCUAUGGUCUUUUAAAAAUGGUGAGCUUUUAAUCAAAAAUGGUUCUGACAACCUGUUAUAUGACCCCAAGAAUGAAAAGUUCAAAGUCUUAAAAAUCCAGGGAAUGGAUGAUAUUGAUAUGCAACGUAGCGUGCUGCUGAAUUAUGUAGAGAGUUUAGUUUCACCUAACUCGAUCGAUUAA